AAUUUUAUUUUGAUAAAGAAACAAAAAGAAAAUUGCUAAUCACAGUCCCCAUCACCCAAAAAUGGAAUCUUUGCCAACUGCUAAACACGAAAGUUGAAAUUGAGCCCCUUUUGAUUAGGAAGCCCCUUGUAUAUCACCCUUAAUAUCACCCUUCCUUCCUCGAAAACCUCCAAAACUAGUACAACAAUGGCUCGGAUUUCCAGUCACAGCUAUAUUCCCUCUUUCAAUCUCCAAAUCUUCAUCUUCCUGUUCCUUACAGCAAAACCCCUUUCCUCUUUUGCCCAUUCAGCCCUUGGCAACAACCCCAGCUUUGAUCCCCACAUUUCCCUCUUUGGUGAUGCAAGGGUUGAAGAUGGAAGCUCCUACGUGCAGCUCACGCGUCCUCACGCGCCUAGUUCCGGGCUUCUAUUGCUGGACAAGCCAUUGAAGCUCACAAUGGAAAACAAUGUGGGUCAACCGGUGUCGUUUUCAACUGAGUUUUCCUUUUCUAUAGCUCCUGGUAAUUGUGAUGGAUUAGCUUUUGUGCUUAUUCCUAAUGGUUUCCACGCAAGAUUUCAGGGCCAAGGGUCUUUUGGUCUUUCUGGUGAAAAUAUAUUCCUUGGUAUUGAAUUUGAUACAAAGAAAGAUGAUGAUAAAGCUGGAAACUUUAAUCCAAAUCAUGUAAGCAUUGAUAUUCAUGGUGUUGAAUCUGUUAAACUUAGCAAUUUGUCAUCUCUGAAUUUAGAGUUGAACAGUGGGAAUGUGUUGAAAUCUUGGGUUGAUUAUGAUUCGAGUUCCAAACUUUUACAAGUUAGAUUAAGCAAAUUAGAUGAAAAUAGGCCUUUGAAUCCAAUUCUAGCAUACCAUAUUGAUUUGGUAGAAAUGUGGGGCAAUCAUGAUGUUUUUGUUGGUAUAAUAUCAACUAGUGAUGAAUCUUCACAAAUUAGUAGCAAUGUUAAUGUUCAUUCAUGGAGAUUCAGGGUAAAGUUUGUUCCAAGUUGGAUGCAUUCAUUGCCUGCUGAUCCAAGAAGUUAUAUGGAUAACAAGGAUAGUAAGGAAACUAGGGAAGAAAAGGGGAGGUUUUGUGCUUUGCCAAUUCUAGCUAGGUUGAUUUUCGCUACUGGAUGUGGUGCCUUGUUCGCGUUCAUGAUGCUGUUUAUGUGGGCGAUUUUCGUUAGUAGGCACACGGUAUUCCCCGUCAAGUAUCAACCCAGUCAUGAAGAUUUCAGGUAUGAGAAAGUCAAUGUGGUGGUGGAGAAGGAAGACCAAUGCAAUAAGGUUUAGCAAUGGAGUCUUAUAAAGGUUAUGAUUUGAAUUUCGUGUUGUUGUUGUUCUUUGUUGUUUACUAAUGUAGCUGUUCGACAAAACUUUGUACGCCAUCUUCGUGCAUUGCUGCGUGUAGUUUGUAAUGCAAUGUAGUCAUGUUUUUUGAUGUAAGCAUAUGCUGAACAUUAGUGUGAUUUAUAUUCUUUGAAAUGCAAGAUCUGUUGCUUAGACCCCAA